UCCAAAGCUCUAUUAAUUUUCAGUUUUUAAAUUAAAGCAACUUGAUCAUUCGUUCACACAUCUUCUCUGAAGCCAUGAUUAACCUCUUUAUAUAAAUACAACCACACCACCUUAUGUAUCUGCAGGAACCCAUUCCUCUGUCUCCAACCUCCAUUCCUCCUCCCUCUCCUCUCCCUCGUUUGAAACUCGCUGUUGCUAACAGCCCCAACAGAAGAAGCAAGAUGGGUGUUCUUGACCAUCUGCCGAACUUUUGCACUGUAACCAGCACGAGGAGCAAACGCAAACCAAUGCAGACAGUGGAGAUCAAGGUGAAAAUGGACUGUGAUGGCUGUGAAAGAAGAGUUAGACAUGCCGUUUGCUCCAUGAAAGGUGUGAGAUCGGUGGAAGUGAACAGAAAACAGAGCCGGGUGACAGUUACUGGGUAUGUCGAGCCAAACAAGGUCCUGAAGAGAGUGAAGAGCACUGGAAAGAGAGCUGAAUUUUGGCCCUACGUUCCUUACAAUUUGGUGGCAUAUCCUUAUGUGGUUCAGGCCUACGACAAGAAGGCACCAGCAGGGUUUGUGAAGAAUGUGGUUCAAGCAAAUCCUUCACCAAAUGCAACCGAUGAGAAAAUAAUGACACUCUUCAGUGAUGACAAUCCGAAUGCAUGUUCAAUCAUGUAGAAAUAUCUAUUUGAAAGUGAAAGUAGUCUUGGCUCUUGGGCACUGGUUUGGGCUUUGGGCCCACAAGUGAAAGUGAUCUCAGAUGAGUUAGUAGCAACAUGUGUGUACUUGAGGUGAAUAUUGAGUUUGCAACCAGAGAGAGAGAGAGAGAGCUUUGUUUCUUGUGACUUCAUGGAUGUGCAAUCUCAUAUACUUGGAAUGCUUUCUUCUGAUUGCAACUAAGCUGUUAGUUCUAGGCUUGAAAUACAUGAUGAGAUUGAGAAAAGUGGUGUUUUAGGCCCUUUUGGGUAACAGUUACAGAUCUUUCUCUUUGUUUUUCUUA